GUUAACCUAAGAAGUCAUUUUACCCUACAGUUAAAAAAGUGUGCGGUGUCAAUGCCCACCUGUAGACGGUGGGGCAAUACAAACUGUAUGCUUGUAAAAGUUAUUACCUCGAUUUGGAAUGCGGAUGGAGUCGAGUGAGGCAGAGCAGUGAGCAAUUUUGUUGAAUAGGUGAGCAGAGAAAUGGGUAAAUCUGUAGAGAAGGAAUUCCAACGAACUCUAACGAACUGCACCCAAGCCAUCGAUCGAACAUUCAUGCUUUUGAACGAGGCAGCUACUGGAUUGGAGAAAGUGCCAUGGACUGAUGUGAAGAAGUCUGCAGAGCAAGUAUCAAAGCAGGCCACUACAGCUGGGUUUUUAUGGAGUAGCCAGCAACUGAAACUGGCAACUGGACAGGAAAAUAUUAAAGCAUUUUGUGAUUCACUUCAUGGAUUCCUUUUACUUUGUCAUGGGAGUACAGUUGGUGCAGGACCUACUCUUCGCAAUGCUAUACAAUUGUCUGCAAAGCAAGUUGUAGAUUCAAGCCUCCAAUUUAUAAACAAGGCCAUCUCUGUAACUGGAGCACAAGAUGCAGAACGGAAAACAGUAAUACCACAAUUUGUUGGACGUGUGUGGGAAGCAUCCAAUAGUCUUGCCAAGACACCAACCUCCAAUAGUAUAGCAAUUGGAAGGAACUUGGCACAGGUUGCAGCAUCAGUAAAGGAUGUUAUUCGAGAAAUGGGGGAUCUUAAGGAGUCUGAGAUUCGUUUGGAAAAUGGAUUGGCAGGUAACGUUUCUGAGAUUAGAACAGAUGGUGUCGAAGGUCAAUCAGAUGGAGAGUCAACUUGCAGCCUUGAAAUUGAUGACAGACUAUCACCAGAAGAGAUGGAGAUUGCAAAAUCAGUUAAGGAUUUUGUUUCUCUCAUUCUUGUAGUUUUAAAGGAGAUCCUAUAUGCUAUUACUGGCAUGUCACAGUGCUUAAAGGAGAAUGACACAAUUUAUCUUCACCCUCUUGAAAGAAUAUUAGAGCUUUGUCAAGAAAUGAGCAUUCAAGUUGACGAGGUUGGAGCUUGUUGCUAUCCUCCCCAGGAGGUUCAAAAGAUAAGGGCUUCUACACAAAAAAUUUGGGAUUUCAUUGAUGGCCUUUGUUUGGAGCUUCAGAAAAUUGAUGGUUCUUCAUUAGAUGGAUUUAUGUUAGCAACUGGGAAGCUAGAAAAAUCUUUGGCCACCUUAAAAACAAUUCUAGAUGCUUCUGAUAGUGGGAAAGCAGAGGGGGAAAACUGACCAGCAGAUCAAAGUUUUAGGAUCUUGUCACCCCUUUUAAAAGCAUGUGGACUUGUGAUUCUUUAAAUCUGAAACACGUGCCUGCAUUAAGUCUGAUUAUGGAAUGUGAGGAAUUUGUUAAAACAGGUUCCAAUUUUUCUUUGGUGUAUUACAAGCGAGCUCAUUUCUCUUAGCAUCUUUUGUACUUGAGCUUGAUUUUUAUGUAUUUUGUUCAGCCGGCCCAUGUAAAAGAAUAGGUCAAAAUUCAUCCUUUAGUUUGCAUGGCCCAUACUAAGACAGUCCUUAUUCUUGAUAAUUGAUGCAUUUAUGACAAUCUAAGAAAACAAUCAGCUGUUAUUUCGAAA